AUGGUGAGUCUCGCUCUUAUCGGUCACCUGUUCCACUCUCUCCUCUACACUCUUACCACGCAUUACCCCACCCUUGCCGAGGGCACUUUUGGCAUGCCUGUCUCUGGUGGCUCUAUGUCCUUCCACGGUGCCGGUGGAUCCCCCGCUGGUCGCCCCUCUGGUGGCGCGCCUCCCCCUGGCCAGCCUCAGAGGGCUAUGUUCAGGUGCACGGCCUGUGGCACUUUCGUCGUCUCCAUGACCAACUACCGCACCAGGCGCAUCGAAGUCAUCUGCGUCAAUUGCAUCCGCCACAACGACCCCGCCUUCCUCUCCCAGUACAUCCACCCGUACUACUACUACCAGCACGUCCCUCCCCCUCACCCGCUCAGUCGUGGUGCCGAGCCCGGUCACGGCUCGCUAUUCGACUACCUCGACUUCCCCCAGAACCCCUCCCCGUUCUCCUACCCCCAGCGCCACCCGCGCUGGGUCUACGAGCUCCUGGCACCGUACGUCUUUGGCUUUGUCGCGGGAGGAGGGGCCCGUCCCAUGCCUCAGCCCGCUCCUCCCUCGGCCGAGGCCAUCGAGGCCAGUAACAGCAAUGACGGAAACGGCAAUGGCACGUCGAGCGUGAGCAACAGCGGGGAGGCGACCGAGGCAGAGAACGAGGACCAGUCUGACCACGGUUCCGUGGUCCCGUCGUCCCCUUCAGUCGCCCCAUCGUCUUCAUCCUCGGCGUCCACUAUUCGCUCGUCUUCAUCAUCGACAUCCACCGUCCGCUCAUUCACAGCGCCCACAUGGGCUCCGCCCUCGGAGUCCACAGUCCGCUCGUCUACGCGCUCCUCGGCGAGUUCUACGGCUUCCUACCAUGCCCCGGCCCCCCCUUCCCCCGCUCCUCCUGCCCCCGCUCCCGCUGCCCCCACUCCCCCUUCCCCCACUCCCUCUGUCACCGUCCCCCCUGCCCCGCGUACCCGCUCUUCCACCUCGUCCACGCACUCAUCCGCCUCGUCGACCAUCUACAACCCGGCCCCAGCGUACUCGGUCGAGGACCCCAACGACCCCGACUACCUGGACGCGCUCAAGGUGCCCCGCGAGUUCAAUGACCUCCAUGUGGGUGGUUCGGCGGGUCCGUCGCGUGACCGCUUGGGUGCACGGGAGGUGGCGCGCUGGCAGGAGGCGUACGGUCCCGACUCUGCGGCUGCUCGCCGCGCGUACAGCAGCAGCACCGCCAGCCGCGACGACGAUGUCGAGUGGCGCCACUCACGCCAGUCGCGUGGCGGCAGCGCCCCGCGCAGCAGUAUCGCCCCCUCAGUCGCCAGCUCGAAGUCCUCGCACCGCUCGCGCACCUCCCACCACGGAAGCGAUGCCGCGUCUGCCGCGGGCUCCACUUCGGCGUCCAGGACGGCCCGCCACUCCCAGCACGGCCGCAGCGACAGUCGCGACGCGGGCCCUAUCACUCCCGGCAACUGGCCCAUCCCACUCGGCUACGAGCCCAGUGGCGCCCCGUCGGUGGCUCGCUCGUCAGUAGCCGGCUCAGCCGCAUCAGUAGCUUCGACCGCGCGCCGUCCCCCCUCCAUCCGGGUCAUCCCAGAUACCCCCAGCAACGCUCCCUCGGAGGCCAGCGCUCCGUCGUCGUCCGGCCGCCGCUCUCGCACCAGCCAGGCUCCCUCCUCGACCCACAGCGCCCCCCGCAGCACAGGUAGCGGCGCGUCGUGGACCCGGGCCCAGCCGGAGGACACUCGUUCGGUGGCGAGCUCUUCGUCGUCAAAGGGCUCCCGGGGCUCCCGAAACUCGGCAUCGGGCAGCCGCGGCCGCGGCAGUGGCUCGGGCUGGAGGGAGGAUGAUGACGUAGCGACCGUCCGCGGCGCGUCUCCCGCCCCCACCGACGCGGACUCGGAGUUGAUGUGGGCGAUCACGCAGAGCAACACGCUUGCCAACAAGGAGCCCGACUACCGCGAGAUCUUCCACCCGUCGUCGUCCAACCGCGCUCCCAACGCCCAUGCUUCGUCGUCCAAGCUCCCCUCCCGGGCCCCCAGCUCAGUGGCUUCGUCGUCGACCUCCUCAGCCUCGCGUGCCUCCACGUCAUCGUUCCACCGUGAGCUGAAGGCACUGGGCGAGGUGAACCUCGACGAGAUCGACUGGGACCAGUACGGCGAGACGUGGGACGAGGACGACCGACUCACCGACACUGGUGCUUCGGAGUUUGGUCAGGGCGGGGGCAGUGUCGCCGGCUCCAGCACCACCUCCGACGCCAGUACGGUUCGUGGUAGCCGCGCGAGCUCCUCUGUCUCGGCCACGGGCAGCGUCGCUGGUAGUGUGGCACGCAGUGUGGCGGCCUCGGUUGGAAGCCGCAACGGUUCUACCCGCUCCCGUGUUGCCCCAAGUGUCGCCGGCUCUGUGCGCUCGAACGUUGCGGGUAGCAUCGCCAACAGCUAUGCCGGCAGUGCGGUAGGCAGCGUCGCGGGUUCCAGCACGGCCAGCAGCACCGUCACGGCGCGCUCGCGGGGCUCGAGCGACGCGCACCCCUUCGGCUACCCCGACUCCGACGGCGAGUGGCAGGAGCCCGAGGAGCCAUACGCUCUCCCGCCCGCCUCUGAGACGUCCGACGCCGACUCUGAAGCCGGCCCGAGCGAGGCCCAGCAGUACCGGGACGGGUACAUCGCCCACCGAGACAUGCUUAACGCGCGGCGCGAUGAACUUUACGGGGACUGGCGGAAUAACCCUAUUUGGAAGUAG